AUGGCGGCAAACAUGGACGACACAAUUCAGCCAUCGCAAAUGACACGAGGGGAAAUUGACGAAUUCUUAAUGCAACAACAGCAAACUAUCAAACAUCUCACAUCGCGGCUGGACAAGGAAGCAGAGCAGCGACAAAUCAACGACAAGAAAAGCGAAGAGCAUAUCGCUUAUGCGGAAGCAAAUAACGACACUCUCAAAAAAGCCUUAGAGGAGGCUCACGUAUUGCCCAAACAUCAAAGUGAUACCGUCAAAGCUGUUCAGAAGAAGAACACCGAGUUGCAAACUGCUCUACGAACAGCACGGAAUACAUCAAGCAGUCUCGAGAGAAAGCUCUUAUCGCCAUUCGGCCACAAAGAAAGUCGCUCAAUUUCUUGUAGCCACAACCAACGAUCACAAGCAAACCCAACACACGCGUCACAGACGAAUACUGCGAUGAGUGAAAAUCUCGCUGGACUACGAACAGACCUGACCGAGAUGGAAGAUAAACAUUUUGCAGAGAAGGAAGUCUUAGAGGCUGAGGUACGGAGGUGGAAACUGCUUUGCAGGUCGUUGUGGAUGAGCUUCAAGUCUCGAAUGGAAAACGCUGGUCUGGAGGCCGGUGCAGAAUCAAUUUUUCAGAACCCAGAUCUAAGGAAAGCUGCUGAGGAAUUGAGGAUAUGGACUGGACUGCCUCCACUGGGUCACUCCGGCAAUAGAGUCACACAUAACGCAGCUGAUGAUGCCCCAGCGAAGAUGAGCACAGGUGCAAAGAAGAGGCAGAGGAGGAAGCAAACUAGAGCUAAAGGCACCGCUUUGGAGGACGAGGCAGAGGCUGAAGCGGGUGAAGCUUCGAAACAACCAACCUUUCAUACAGCUGAAGAUCUUCAAGAAAACCAGCUUCUCACGGCAGUACAGCCCGAAGAAGGCACUAAGACUAAUAGCGAGCUUGAUGAGAUAGCACGAAUCCCAACUGGCGAAAAUAAAGGUGGCACUGCAGAUAAUGACGGCAGUUCAACGAACCGUCAAAUCUUUUCUGAAGAAGGUAAAGCUGCCGCGGACAAGCCAGAGGUGGACGCAGAAGUCACUGACGUCGGGGAAGGGAAAGGUGAAGAAGCUAAGCUCCUUAAUGAGGCACAUGUACAGACGGCUGCAAUCCCGUCCGUGGGAGACGGGGAAGCCGUUCCAGAAGUAGGAAAGGACGUGGAGAAGGCUAGUUCAAAGGAAGAGAAAGGCGGAGAAGCCACUCAAAAACAAAAAGUCAAGGCAGAAACGGCAGUGAUCCUAAAGGACGAGAGUACUCAAACCACCCAGAUGCCAGAGAAAGAGGCAAAGGCAGAGCGAGCAAAAACGGGCGAUGACAAGGCUGUCCAGGUACCAGAAGCAAGCAAAGAGGCAAGACUACAGCAGGUCGAAUCCGAGCCUGCAAAGGCACUUGCAGCAAACUUCGCCUUCCUAAAAGGCCGAUACUGGAUCCUUGCCAUUGUGCUGUACCUUAUCUUAUUUAUAUGUACAGCGUACAUUGAUCACGCAGCUAGAGAAGAACGCAACAUUUGGCUAGCAGCCAACGACACGAGUAGAGUCGCGGUACAUCGAGUCAUGCGUGCAAACCAAUCGGGACAAUCAAUGGGCUGGCUCAGCCAUAGCAGCCUACAAUCCAGCAAUUUGUCUACCGGUAUGGGACGACGAUACAGCAUGGGGUACGGGGCCACAGGGUACGGGGCGACCUUCUGA